UUACCACCGUAACGGAGGACUGGGGCUUGGUCUUGAAGUUUUCAGAUGCAUCUGUAGAUGAAUCAUAACAGCAUCAAGAUGUCGGGACGAUCAGGCCGCGCCGAGACACGAAGUCGGGCUAAAGAUGACAUUAAAAAGGUCCUGGCGGCCAUCGAGAAAGUGCGCAAAUGGGAGAAGAAAUGGGUGACAGUCGGGGACACGUCCUUACGUAUAUUCAAGUGGGUGCCAGUGACAGAAACAAAGCAGAUAUAUCGCACCAAAUCCACAGGUGGAGAUGUCAGAGGACUGAAGGAUGUGGUCCUGGAAAAUACUAACUCUUUAUUGGAUUUCACUGAUGAAAACAGCAACCAGAGCUUUCUGUCGGACGUUUACCAGCCGAAGAUGGAUAACAGCAGCAGUACCUCCAGCUCGCAGCAGGUCAGCCCUCCACACACCUCCAGCCUCCGGACCGAAGACUCUCAGCCACCAAUGCUGGGCCAGGAGAGUGUGGAUGAGCCAGUGCAUUCAGGACAGGAGGGGGCCGAUGAGCCUCCCACUCUCAUCAAGGAGGACCUUCUCUCAUCAGGAACUGUUAGACGGACCCCUCCAGACACGCAGGAGGAGUUGGAUGAAUCAGGAGCGCCUCCUUUAAAGAAGAUUUGCACAGGAGAAAAUGCCGUUCUGAGAUAGCUUAUUUAUAAUCAUUUUGUUAAAAUGCACACAAUACUUGUUCUCAGACUGACUAGCUAAGCUUUUCAAAUUGUCCCAAGGUUCAGUUUCAGCAAAAAAAAGAAAAAAAAAAAGAAGAAGUACUGCAAAAUCUUUGUUCAGGUCUCUAAAGUCUUGCUGUUUCUAAGUGGUUGAAAUGAAUGGAGAAGGGUUUUUUUUUUUUUUUCCAAACUGUUGCCAGUCACUGUCGGGCAGUGUGAUUUUGGUUCACAUGCUGAAGUAUCUAGCUUUCUGUUCUCUGUUUUAGUAUUUUCGCAGCUAAACGUUACUUUUGCAUGUCUCCAUAUCCUGUUGCUUAUUUUGGAGGUUUAAGGCCAUUUUCAAUAAACAUAUUCGAUGUGUAGCUUGAUGCAGAUUGAUGUUUAGAUGUGCCAUCUUGUUUUAAAUAAGAUGCCCUCUCUGGACCAGAUCUUAUUUUGGCUUAUCACAUGUAAGAAGAAAAAAUGCUUUUUAAAAAAUAUUUAUAAUAUAAUUUGCCCAUGUUUAUAACUCAACGUUGUAAACCAUAAUAAAUGCAUCUGUCUAUUUCCACUUCAGUUCACUGGUGCUGUAAGGUUUCUAUUUAUUUAGCAUAAUGUCUUGAGGCAGUUGCUCUGCUAAUGAGGGCAGGUCCUAUUGUUUAAUCAGACCUGUCUAAAAUGGAGCCCAAGCAGUGUGUUUAGAAAUGAAUUAGAUGAUUCAGAGAGUAACGGAUGGAUAGUCAUUUUUCAACAGUUAAAUUGUUUAAACAUUAAAGCGUGAUUUAAAAA